AUGCAGAAACUCAUGAAACGCACGGCCCAGGCCGAGAAGCAGGUCGCCCGCCGUCUCAAGAAACGCUCCCGUGUCGAGGUCGGCACCGAGAAGGCACAGCGCUUCAGGGACCAGCGGAACCAGCUCACGGAGCUUAAUAAGGACAUCAAGACCGCCCGUCUUGUCCGCCAAGAGAAAUGGGCCCUGGGGCCCUUGGCCCCGCGCCGCGACGUCUUCGACAGCUACGGCGCCAUCCAGACGAACCGCCAGUCACGCUCGACACCCCUCAAGCCUGAGGAGGUUGAAGCGCGAUGCUCCUGGGCCGGUGGACGUCAGUACCUCAACAUUGCCGUCAAUGACCGUGUCGUGCUUCUCGAAGGCCCCGACAAGGGCAAGAUCGACCGCAUCGCGAGCAUCAACCUCGAACACGGCACCGUGACACUGAAGGACAUCGCAAAGAUCACUAUCGCUGUCCCCGAAACCUUCCAAAAGGGCCUCGACGCCCCCACAACGCAGAACUCAUCCAUGCACAUCCCCAUCUCGGCGAUCCGCCUCGUCCACCCCAUCGUCGACCCCGCGACGGGCGUCGCCCGCGACGUUAUUGUUCGCCAGCUCGCCCGUGGCCCCGUCAAGUGGUCUCGUCACACCGGUUGGCGCGCCUGGACGCGGUACAUUCCCGGUGCCAACAUCGCCAUUCCCUGGCCGGAGCGCGAGACUCCUAUUCGCGAGGACCAACCCGGCGAUACGAGGCGGACAGAGGUUGAAGAGGUCACCUUCGUGCCGACGCUCCUCUCUUCUCCCAUGCCCGAGUCCGUCAUCGACGAGUUGCGCAACAAGUACUCGCGCUUCCGUACCCGCCACGAGGAAGACUAUAUCCUCCGCAAGGAGGCCGAGGAGGCCGGGAAGAAGGCCUUGAAGAAGGUCUCGGCCGAUGCCCUCGCCUCCAUGCGCACCCCGCUCCAAGAAUUCAACCGCCAGCAGCGCGAGGCCCGUCGCGCCCGCGGCGAGCCCGAGCUAACUGCGGACAUGCUUCAGCGCAUCGGCGAGGUCAUUGCGAGGAACAAGGCCGUUGUCGGGGGCGCUUCUGUGCCGAUACCAGAGCUUUCCAACGCGGCAGAAGCGGCCAAGGAGAGUCACCCUCCGCCUCAAUAA